AUGUAUUUCUCAUACACACCAUCUCCACCCUCAACAAGCUACAGCACCUCCUCCGCAAUGGAAAUUCCCUCCUCCUCCAGCUCGCGUCCACAAUCUCCUUCAUGUGCCUACCCAUCCUGGCCUCGACGCUCCUCCAUGAACUCCAGCGAUUCCAUCGAUGCCCAAACCCAAAACUACUCAUACACCUCCUCUGCAUUCUCCGACGAAGAACUCUCAUGUGGUCUCUACACUUCUGUCUUUGAAGAAGAAGAUUGUUCACCGCUCGCCACACCCAAUGUUCGUUCUCCAUCUGGAUCGAUGUGCGAACCUCAAUACGUAGUUGUCGACAACGCAGCACUCAUGAGAGAGUUAAUCGCACAACACGCUGCUGAGAAGGCAAAGAAGAGAGAAAAGGCAGCUGAGAAGAGCAAGAAGAAGCAUGGAUCUUCUUCCAGAAAGUCAAGACACAGCUCUGGUGCACACUCAAGCAAACACAUGACACCCAUCUCCGAAGUUGGUGAAUGA